CCCGAGACCUUGUCACCCCGGCCUGGCGCGCGGCCACGUGGCUCAGGGUCUGGGGACAUGGCCAGAAAGGCUCUCAAGCUUGCUUCAUGGACCAGCAUGGCUCUUGCUGCUUCUGGCUUCUACCUUUACAAUAACAAGUACUUGGACCCUAAUGACUUUGGCGCUGUCAGGGUGGGCAGAGCAGUUGCUACGACAGCUGUUAUCAGUUACGACUACCUCACCUCCCUGAGGAGUGUCCCUUAUGGCUCAGAGGAAUACUUGCAGUUGCGAUCCAAGGUACACCUCCGUUCUGCCAGGCGUCUCUGUGAGCUCUGCUGUGCCAACCGGGGCACCUUCAUCAAAGUGGGCCAGCAUCUGGGGGCUCUGGACUACCUUCUGCCAGAGGAAUACACCAGCACGCUGAAGGUGCUGCACAGCCAGGCCCCGCAGAGCAGCAUGCAAGAGGUCCGCCAGGUCAUCCGUGAGGACCUGGGCAAGGAGAUCCAUGAUUUGUUCAUGAGCUUCGAUGAUACCCCUCUGGGGGCAGCCUCCCUGGCCCAGGUCCACAAGGCAGUGCUGCAUGAUGGGAGGACGGUGGCCGUGAAGGUUCAGCACCCAAAGGUGCAGGCCCAGAGCUCGAAGGACAUUCUCCUGAUGGAGGUGCUUGUCCUGGCUGUGAAACAGCUAUUUCCAGACUUUGAGUUUAUGUGGCUGGUGGAUGAAGCCAAGAAGAACCUGCCUUUGGAGCUGGAUUUCCUCAAUGAAGGGAGGAAUGCUGAGAAAGUAGCCCAGAUGCUCAAGCACUUUGACUUCUUAAAGGUCCCCCAAAUCUACUGGGAGCUGUCCACCAAGCGGGUCCUCCUGAUGGAGUUUGUGGAUGGCGGGCAAGUCAAUGACAGAGACUACAUGGAGAGGAACAAGAUCGACGUCAAUGAGAUCUCACGCCACUUGGGCAAGAUGUACAGUGAGAUGAUCUUUGUCAAUGGCUUCGUGCACUGCGACCCCCACCCAGGCAACGUGCUGGUGCGGAAGCACCCGGGCACAGGCAAGGCAGAGAUCGUCCUGUUGGACCACGGACUUUACCAGGUGCUCACCGAAGAGUUCCGCCUGGAUUACUGCCGCCUCUGGCAGUCUUUGAUCUGGACCGACCUGAGGAGGGUGGAGGAGUACAGCCAGCGCCUGGGAGCCGGCGACCUCUACCCACUGUUUGCCUGCAUGCUGACGGCCCGGUCGUGGGACUCUGUCAACAGGGGCAUCAGCCGGGCCCCAGUCACUGCCUCUGAGGAUGCAGAGAUCCGCAACAAUGCAGCCAACUACCUCCCCCAGAUCAGCCAGCUCCUCAACCACGUGCCACGCCAGAUGCUGCUCAUCUUCAAGACCAAUGACCUGCUGCGUGGCAUCGAGGCCGCCCUGGGCACCCGCGCCAGCGCCAGCUCCUUCCUCACCAUGUCCCGUUGCUGCAUCAGGGCACUGGCUGAGCACAGGAAGAAGAAUACCUCUUCAUUCUUAAGAAGGACACAGAUCUCUUUCAGCGAGGCCUUCAGCUUGUGGCAGAUCAACCUUUAUGAGCUGGUGCUGCGUGUGAAGGGGUUGAGGCUUCCCAGCUGGGCCGUGGCCCUGCUCUGCUGGCUGUUUCCUGCUCCACACUGAGUGUACUUGCUGUCCUUCGGCCCUUCAUGGUGUCCUUUCACUCCUUAUUCCCUGUUUUUGCUGUAUGGUGGCCUGCAGCCCCAGGGUCAUUGUCCAGGGUGCUGCUAUGUUCCACCUCUGGAAUUCCACUCCCACACUGCAGCCGUGUCUCAGGGCCUCAGGCUGAACUGUGGAAUGGCUUUCUCGCCUUCUGCAAGGGAAAGACUCAGCAGUCUACUUUCCCACCCCUGGAACGUGCCAUUGGGUCAGAUUUCCUCGCUUCACUUCCAUCAACCUUUUUUAUUGUCAGGAUGGACCACACGUGCCACUGAAGGUGCACUGAAUGUAUAGGACAUUUGAUUUUGCUGGAGGUGAGCAUGGUCUCUGAACUCGCCAGAGAACAGUUCCCGCUCUUUGCUGUAUCAGUCCCCAGAAGUGUCAUACCCUGGUGAGGUGGCUUGGCCUCUGAGGGCAGACUCUGUUGUAGCCAUGAAUUCACUGCUAUGACAGUGAUUCCUUUGGUGUUUUAUGUACUGUGUUUCAAUAAAAACUACUUCAGGUUU